ACACACACACACACAGGGAGGGAGAGAGAGAGAGACUGACUCUUCAUCCCCCAUCUCGUGCCUCGUUCUCGUCACCUCCUUUCCUCGUCAAUUCGGCAAGGGACGAGGAAGCCGGCUGGCCGGUCCAGCUGGAUGAGAGACGGAGCGGAGCAGCAGCAGCAGCAGCAGCGGCGGCGGCAGGGGGCCACGGGCAGCAAUGAGCGGGGGGCGGUGGCAGAGAGGAACGGGGUCGACCCCGGGCAGAUCCGGGCCACUCCUUUGGGGGAUCCCUCCGCUGGGGGGCUGGUGGAGUCGGUGGACCCCGGCAGGCAGAGUGAGGGCGAGUGCCGGCGGAGAGCUGGGGACAAGGACGAGCGAAGGUACUCGGCGGGAAUGAGGCAUUCCAGUGAGCCCUCACACGGCAGACGGGAGUUCCAGACACACUGGCAGAUGGGCGGCCACAUGCGAGUGUACGGGGGCAGCAAACCUCAGACGGCAGCCACGAGCCCUGCGUUCGCCACGCACUGGGGGGCCGAGCCCCCCGGCUGGAGCCGCUUCGCCUUGGCUCGAAGCCCCCGGAUCUACCCGGCACCCUACUACCACCCGGCUCCACACGCCGGAUACAGCUAUGCUGCGGUGCACCAUGCCAUACCGCCAUACGCGGCGAGCAACCACCCUCUGGCGCCCCCAAGCCCCAGCGCUACAAGCAGCACCAGCGGCAGCAACAAUGGGGGCGGCGGCGGCGGUGGUGGGAGCUUUGGCGACCACCUGAGCAAGACCAACCUGUACAUCCGUGGCCUCCUCCCCAACACCACUGACCAGGACCUCAUCAAGCUCUGCCAGCCGUACGGGAAGAUCGUUUCCACGAAGGCAAUACUGGACAAAAACACCAACCAGUGUAAAGGGUACGGCUUUGUGGAUUUCGACAGCCCAGCCGCAGCCCAGAAGGCAGUGUCGGCCCUCAAGGCCAAUGGUGUACAAGCACAGAUGGCCAAGCAACAGGAACAGGACCCAACGAACCUCUACAUCUCCAACCUGCCCAUGUCCAUGGAUGAGCAGGAGCUGGAAGGCAUGCUCAAGCCGUACGGCCAGGUCAUCUCCACGCGCAUCCUCCGUGACGCCAACGGCACGAGCCGCGGGGUCGGAUUCGCUCGAAUGGAGUCCACGGAGAAAUGUGAGGCGGUCAUACAGAAUUUCAACGGGAAGUUUAUCCAAAUUCCUCCCGGAGUUCCAGUCCCUCCAGAACCGCUGCUGUGCAAGUUUGCUGAUGGGGGACAGAAAAAGCGACAGAACCAAAACAAGUACACGCAGAACGGCAGGGCCUGGCCCAGAGAGGGCGAGACUGGAAUUGCGGUGACAUACGACCCCACAGCGCUACAGAAUGGUUUUUAUCCAUCGCCGUAUAGCAUCGCGGCAAACAGGAUGAUCGCACAGACAUCAAUGGCACCCUACAUUGCAUCGCCUGUUUCCACCUACCAGGUCCAGAGUACAUCCUGGAUGCCCCAUCAGCCAUACGUCAUGCAGCCCACGCUGGUUUACAUGGAGCAAUCCGGCAGGAGAAGCCUUCAGAGCAACGGCACGGUGCUGACGCCCCCCAUGGACUCAGCCAUGUCCAUGCAGCAGGCCGGCAUGAUGGGGCCACUCGCGCAGCAGAUGUCACACAUGUCCCUCGGCAAUGCUGCCACUUAUAUGCCAGCGGGCGGACCCGUGCAAGGAACAUACAUCCCACAGUAUACCCACGUGCCUCCCACGCCAACCAACAUGGAGGACCACAGUGGACAGCAUCAGCAGCCCAUCUCUGUGGAGACAGUACAGGACCAUGCUGCCUACUCCUACCAGCAGGGAAAGUGACAGGGAGGAGCUAAGAGAUUAACUUUUCAAAAGGAAAUGAUGAUGUGUGUCCUGAGGAAGGCCUUUAGUGCAGCAAAUGUCUACGCAGAAGACGACAUGCAUCUGUGGUGUGCACAAGCUGCAAGCGGGACUUUUCCUUUGACUAAAAAUGUUCUCGUGACUGCUAUUUUGGGAUGAGUUCUUUUAAAGAACAUAAAUCCAAUGGCUGACCUUCAGAUUCCUUUAUUUUGCUAUGGAAGAAUUAUUUUUAAAUGAGAAUCUGUCAAAAAUUGUUAAAUGUUUGGUUUGCGCAUGACAAGUGAAAAACAAAUACAUGUGAUUGGAUCGAAUGGUAGCGUUUGUUUGGAAGAAUUGAAACGAGGACAAAAUUAAAUGCAUUAGUUCUUCACAUAGAUUUUUGUUGUUACAGUUAUGUCUUCUUGUAAGGUUUUUGUAAUACAUUUUAUUUAAAAACAAAUGAGUUAUAUUGUCUGGCAUAGAAAUGAGCGCAAUUGUGUAGAUGUUAAUGUAACCCUAUUUGUUUAGGAGAGCCGUUCGUGUGCAUUUUUUUUUUAUAUUGUAGGGUUUAAUUGGUUUAAAAAUAUUUUUUCGCUGGCCUUAAUAUUUCUGACAUUUUUCAACGAUGUAUUAAGAAAGGAAAAAAAAUCACUCACGAUCGGCAUUGGCGGUUGUAGAUGUUACUGCGUCAUUGGGUUGUGAUGUGGGGAGGGUUUCGCAUUCGAGGUUUAGAGGGGGCCGAUUCAGCUUUUUUUGAGACUUACGCGAGAAAAGGAUCUUCAUUUUUGGAAGAUUCACCUUUUUGCUGGAUUAAUUUCAAUUGCAAAUUGUAGAAUUUUAGAAUAAAUGUUUAGAAAUGCUUUUAAGAUCUUUUUUGGGAAAAAUGCUUUGAGUCAACACAAUUUUUUGUACACUCAAAGGAGAAAAACAAUGGUAAUGUUUGAAAAGUCGGUUUCAUGAGAAACGGUGUUUUUUGCAUUUGAAAGGGGUGGCAGCAGUAUUGGAUGAGAAAAAAACGGUUUUUAAAAAAAAUAUGGAAUUUGAAUGCUUUUUAAUCGUAAUGUAAAAACGUGGGCACUCUGAGUUAGCCGCUGGGUGUUAUUUAAGAAGGCAUAUUGUGUGGGUGAUUUGAAAUGCCUUGAAUACAGCAUCCGAUGGCAUGGCGUGUCCAGUAAUGAUUUGAAAAGGAUAUUUUUCACCGGUUGAGUGGGAUUAAAAAUAUGAGUGGGAUAUCUAUUAGAGAGACUUGGUUAUACGGAGUACCAAAGAUGAACAAACCAAUUUCAUGUUCAUGAAAUGUUGCUUUGUUAUUAAAAAAAAAGAACUAUUCUCUUUUGUUCUUUUAGAUUGGCCAGACCAUUUUUUUGUCUCUGUUUUAAUUUUUUAUUUUGUUUGGUUGAGUUAUGAAGGUAUAGUUACUACACGUGGUCACACAAAAUACAUUUGAAGCUAUGAAAUGUUUUUUUUAUUUGCUCCAAAAAUAAACGGCUUUGAAUGCUGCACAGUCCUCUUAAUUUGUAACAACCUGAAGAUUUUACUUUCUUGUAACGACUUGGUGGUUUUUAAUUUUUUAUUUAUAUUACAGCUAUCAUGGUAUAUCUACCUCAGGUUGUGUUAUUGGUUAUCAUGUUUGCCGGCUGUCUGACUUGUGACAAUCAACCAAAAGCAACUGGGUUGUGUUUUUUUAUCUUUAGUUAUGAAAUACAGGUUGUUUCAUAGCUUCAAAUCGUCUUCGUGGAAUGAUUUAAUUUUCAGAUCUUGAAUUGUUAACAUGCAAUUUGAUUUUCUUGUAAAUCAUGGAACAAAUAUUGAGUGGUUUGAUGCGGCUGGGCAACACUGCUGUCUGGGACAACUGAAGGCUUGUUGAGAUGUAUGCAGGUUCUUUGGUAUAUCCAUUAAAAGAUUAAUUAUUGAUGGUGGUGUUCAUCUCCAAAGAUGGUUGUUGCUGAAAGUAAUGUUUUUUUGUGAAUGGAAAAUACAAAGAACACGGUUAAAGCUAUCAAUAAAAACCUCUGCAAAAGCCCAAACCAUACCUUUCAGACAGCAGUGUAACGUUGACUCGUCUAAAUUAAUACAUUUCUAACUUGUCGUGCUUUUAUUUUUUUGAGAGAGAAAAAAUCUCCUGUUCCAUCUCAUUUUACAGCCAUGAAAUAAGUUAAAAAAGAUUAUAAUUUAUGAAGAGACUUUUUUUGUACAAAUACUCAUAGAGAUGUCUAUAUGGUCAAGAGAUUUUUUUUAUUAGUUUUUUUUCCGUGCCACAAACUUGCCAGAAAGGUGAUCUUUGUCCAUUUUUUGGUCUCUUCCUCCUGUGUCUAUUUGUUAUUCGUUUUCCUUUGCUGGGAUUUGCUGUAGGUAGUAGUAGUGCACGUUUAUGUAGAAAGUCUGCAAGCUCACUUUGACACAGUUGUCAACCUUUGACAUUUUUUAAAUAAAAAAAAUGGUUGCAGUAACAAUCUGUUGAAAUGUUUGUUGUUCGUUGUGGGACAUUAAAUACAGGAGCCUCCUGAAGAAAAUCAUGACUUGGUGAGUAUUUUGUCAAACAUGGAUGUCUGUUAAAUAGAGGUUUCUUAAAUAAAGCUGAUUAAAUACC